AUGGCGGCCGCCGGCAGCGAUCCCCGGGGGCCGGAGCCUUGCUCUCUGCAGAGCGGCUCACGAGCCGGAGGCCAGUCCACGCUGCUGCGCUCAGAAAAAGAGCGUCAGUCUUGCAGGUCUUCCUUUCCCCUGGGGCAGAGGCCGGAAGGUACUUUCCACAAAGCCUCCUCCCACCUGCUCCAGCAGCUCAUUCACCGCUCUCGGGAGCCGGACGCGGGCGGAGAGGAAUACGCGGACGACUGCGAGGGCGAGGCGGAGUCCGAGGAGUCCUCAGAGUCCGAGAUGCUGAAUUUGGAGGAGGAAUUUGAUGGGGUCCUGAGAGAGGAGGUCGUGGCCAAUGCCCUUCACCAGUUGGGGCGCUCAGGCUCUGGGACUGAGCAGGUCUACCUCAAUCUAGUUUUAUCAAAUUGUGACUUAAUUGACAUUAGCAUUCUCUGUGAAUAUGUUCACCUACAGAAGUUGGAUCUUUCAGUCAAUAAAAUUGAAGAUUUGUCUUGUGUGAGUUAUAUGCCUUACCUUCUAGAACUUAAUGCUUCGCACAAUAAGCUGACGACGUUCUUCAAUUUCAAGCCACCCAAGAAUCUCAAGAAGGUGGAUUUUUCCUACAAUCAAAUUUCUGAAAUGCGUGAUUUGUCGGCAUACCAGGCUCUCACUAAACUAAUUUUGGACAACAAUGAAAUAGAGAAGAUCAGUGGGCUAGAAUUGUGUAGUGGCCUGACACACCUGAGUCUGGCCAAGAACAAGAUCACGACGAUUAACGGCUUAGGCAUACUACCCAUCAAAAUUCUUUGUCUGAGCAAUAACCAGAUUGAGAAGAUCACAGGUUUGGAGGACCUAAAAGCCCUGCAGAUCGUGGAUCUGUCCCAUAAUCAGAUCAGUAGCCUCCAGGGCUUAGAGAACCAUGACUUCCUGGAAGUGAUCAACCUGGAGGAUAAUAAGAUUGCUGAGCUGGGUGAAAUAGAAUACAUUGAAAGUCUACCUCUCCUUCGGGUUCUCAAUUUUCUAAGAAAUCCAAUUCAGGAAAAAGCUGAAUAUUGGUUCUUCGUGAUUUUUAUGCUCCUACGAUUAACAGAAUUAGAUCAGAAGAAAAUCAAAGUGGAAGAAAAGGUUGCAGCAGUGAAUAGAUACGACCCUCCCCCAGAAGUGGUUGCAGCCCAGGAUCACCUGACCCAUGUCGUCAACAGUGUGAUGCAGCCACAGAGGAUCUUUGACAGCACGCUUCCUCGUCUGGAUGCCCCUUACCCCAUGUUGGUGCUAGCUGGUCCUGAAGCCUGUGGCAAACGAGAACUUGCUCACCGCCUCUGCAGACAGUUUAGCACAUACUUCAGAUAUGGGGCCUGUCACACCACAAGACCACCUUACUUUGGAGAAGGGGAUCGAGUCGAUUAUCACUUUAUCUCUCAGGAAGUUUUUGAUGAAAUGCUAAACAUGGGGAAGUUCAUUCUAACAUUCACUUAUGGUCGUCACAACUAUGGGUUAAAUAGGGACACCAUUGAAGGUAUCGCAAGAGAUGGUUUAGCAAGCUGUAUUCACAUGGAAAUAGAAGGUGUAAGAAGUUUGAAAUGUUCCUAUUUUGAACCUCGAUAUAUCCUGGUGGUACCCAUGGACAAGGAAAAAUAUGAGGGCUAUUUGCGGAGAAAAGGAUUAUUCAGUCGUGUAGAGAUUGAAUUUGCUGUCUCCAGAGUGGACCUUUAUAUUAAAAUCAAUCAGAAAUUUCCAGGAUAUUUUGAUGCAAUCAUCAAUGUAGAUGAUCUGGAAGUUGCCUACCAAAAGCUGAGUCAACUCAUCAGAGAAUACCUUGGAUUAUCUGAGGAAACAUCCAAGAAUUUGGCGCCAACUGCAGGAGCUCCUUCUAGCAAGAAGACCACCUCCGGGGUGCCAGCACACCUGGUCCCAUCCCCAAGGCGCUUGGCAAAACUGCAAGCAGAUGGCCAGAUAACAGAACGUCUCUCUGGAAUGCAGAUUCAAACACAGGUCCCUGAAAACCAGAACCUAGCCCCCUUCCAGAACCAAGAGCUGACUCAGGGAGCAACCCAUCAAGAAGAAUGUUCUCCCAGUAGCCAUGUCAGUGCUGAGCCUCCUCCACAGCCCAGCUCAUCAGCACUUGGUGUUUCCCAGCAGGCUCAGGACUUAUCCCCAAACCAGAAGGAAGAGGAUGUUCAACAAUCAGAUCUUUCUUCAAAAAUAAUAACGACAAAUGUCCCCGAAAAUGAGUCCAUGACAUCUGAGGCAAAAGCAGGUAAGAUAGUGCAGCCUUCCAUCACUCCUUCCCAAGAGCCUUCUCAGCACCCUGACCCACCUCCAGCUCACAGCCCUCAGCCGGACCAAGAUGAGGAAUCAGGGGAAGCCAAGGUAACCUCCACUGACCCUCUGCCAUCUGAAGCCCUACAGGGGCCUGGCCCAACCUCCCCCAGCCCCCGGAGAACCCAGGAUAAGGAAACUGAAUCAGUAGCUCUGCCACCCAACAGUACCCGUUAUGAGCCUCCAAGAGACCCUUCCCACCCGAAUGGGGCCAAAACAGCAGGACCAUCUCCAGAAGAUUCUCAACAACCUCUAGCGGAGGGAACCCCAAAAGCAGAAUAUGUCCGGGUUAGCACUCCUUACCCAGAAUUGCCACAUCCUCAGGAUUCAGCAGACCUCAAACAGACCCAGCACAGGGACAACCCAAUGACCUUGCUUCCCAGAAGCUGGCUGGCUCCCACCAGGUUGCCUCAGCCGCAGGUCCUUGCUCCACUCCAGAGUCGGAGGCCCACACCCAAACUCCUCUCACCCAGCAGGGAGGAAGCUUUAGGAACAGCCUCAGAUAAAACCAUGACUCCCUCCCCCAGGCCUCCACCAGCUCAGGAAGGAGACUCCAGUAAAUUUCCUCCCAUCAGCCCUCCCCAGUCCAAACCACCACAAAAUCAGAGCCCCCAUCUGGACCACAGCACUCAACAAGUCCAGGAAGGAAAGGUCAGGGAGGUGAAACUCCCUCUUAUCAGCACCCCUGUCCAGGAGCACACGCCACAGACUGCCCCUGAUCUGCCCUGGGAAGAGGAGGCUCAGGUGGUUAGGCUUCCACAGAUUCCCACCCCCUUCUCAGAACAGCAGCUGCCCCAGAACCCCAGGGCUAACCAUUAUUCGAGGCCCACAAAGGAAAGGCAAGCGCCCAAAGCAGGCCACUCCUCCAGCAAGAAGAUUUCAGAUGUGCAGGCUUUACCCCAAAACCGGGAGCCAGCGCAGCAGACAGGAGCUAGGGAAAAAAAACUCCCUCUUCACAGAAAGACCACUGAAAGGCCAGGGCAUCUGAAAAAGGCACUGCCUGGAGGCCGUCAGACAGCCUCGCAGCCAGAAUCCCAGAGGAAGCUGACUGCCCCAAAGGUACCCGACCACCCUCACCCCAGCCUGCCUCGGAGCUCUCAGGGGAGCCAGAGAAGAAAAGUCCAAAUGCCAGAAAUCUUUGAACUCCCCCAGGCCGAACCAUUGCCUGAGGAUCCCCUAUUACAAGUAGAGAAACAGGAGAAAAAAGGACCACCCUUGAAGAGAGAGCAUUCUGGAGGAGUGCCUCAGGAAAAUAAAGCUACCCUCAGUGGUGACCAACCAACUCAGGAGGGUCAGCGCCCGCCCAGGAGACCUCUCCAGAGUGAGGUGUCCUCUGCAGAGUCAAAACCAGACGAUUCUGCUCCCAGGGAGCAUCCGAGCAGGAAAGAAGAGGCUCAUAGAAGGGGAAGGUUUCAGAAGAGGCAGACUGCUUCGGACUCCCCAGAGCAGGCCUCCACCCAGCCGCCUGUCAGACAGACACCAGCCCAUAGAGGGACCCGCCAGACCACAGAGAGCUCUGUCCGAAGGGACAGUGCUUCCAGGCAGCCUGCCAAAGACAAACACGACUGGAAACAUGGGGGAACAGCAAAGGACAAGAGCUCUGUCGCCACGCCCCAGACUCAGGUGUCUGCUGAGGAGCAGGCCGACUGGAAAGGAAGACGGCGAGCUCGGGGCAGUCAGAGCACCAAGGUUUAA